AUGCCACCGGCUCCUCGCCUCCUUGCAGUGAAAGUCAUGACAGGGGAGCCGUGAGUUUUGGACUUUUUAAGCAUCCACAAACUAUCUUAUUACUUCCAUCCAAGACGUCCAACCAUGAAGACCAUCCUUGCUGCCUACUCGGGGGUGCUGAAAGGCACCGGCUCCAGCAUCCUCUCCUCCCUGCAGGACCUGCCCUUGGCCUUUUGGCCAUGCGGAUCCAAGAUGGAGAAACAUCUCCAGGUCAUCUCAGUUCUGCAAUGGGUCGUCACCUUCUUAGCCUUAGGGGCAGUCUGCACCGUGUUGUUAAUCUACAUGUUCUGCACUGAUUGUUGGCUUAUCGCUGCCCUUUACACCGCCUGGCUCAUUGUUGACUGGAACACCCCCAAACAAGGUGGCAGGAGAUCAUCGUGGGUGAGAAGUUGGACAGUGUGGACAUACUUUCGAGACUAUUUCCCAAUCAGGCUAAUUAAAACCCACAACCUGCUGCCCAACCGGAACUAUAUAUUUGGCUACCAUCCUCAUGGCAUUUUCUGUUUCGGGGCUUUCUGCAACUUUGGGACAGAGGCCACAGGCUUCUCCAAGAAGUUUCCAGGCAUUAAGCCUUCCCUGGCAACCUUGGCAGGAAACUUCCGCAUGCCUGUCCUACGGGACUACCUGAUGUCUGGAGGUAUCUGUCCAGUCAACAGAAACUCCAUUGACUACCUGUUGACAUGCAACGGUACGGGAAAUGCUGUGGUCAUUGUAGUGGGGGGUGCAGCGGAGUCUUUACACUGCGCACCAGGCAGGAACUCUGUCAUCCUGAAGAACCGGAAAGGCUUUGUGAGAAUGGCCCUCCAGAAAGGGUCUGACUUGGUUCCAGUGUAUUCCUUUGGGGAGAAUGACGCCUACAAGCAGGUGAUCCUCAAGGAGGGGACUUGCUGGAGAAGUCUCCAGAAAAAGUUACAGAAGCUCUUGGGCUUUGCUCCGUGCCUUUUCCAUGGCUGCGGCCUCUUCUUUGGCAACUCCUGGGGCAUCGUGCCGUAUGGCAAACCAAUCACUACCAUAGUCGGGGAGCCAAUCACAGUGCCAAAAAUAGAGGAUCCAUCUGACGAGAUGGUGGAUCUGUACCAUUCCAUGUACAUCAAGUCCCUCCAGUGCCUGUUCGACAAGUACAAGACCCGUUUUGGCUUGAAGGAGAGCGACACCCUGUACAUUGAGUGAAAA